UUCGCUUCGUCCCGGCAGCAGCAGCGAAGAGACGAGAGCGAGCCGGCCGGGCGGCGAUGGAGAUCCUGGGCCCGUCGCCGCUGCCCAAUCCCUGCCCGCGGCUCCGCUGCGGCGGCCCACGCCGGGGGCACCACCGCGGCGAGGCGUGGCUCCACGUGGCCGUGGGGAGGUCGCCGGAGAAGACGCUCGGGCUGCUGCGCUGGGCGCUGCGCCGCUUCGGGAAAUGCCGCAUCGUCCUCCUCCACGUCCACCAGCCGUCGCCGCUCAUCCCGACCCUCUUGGGGAAGAUCCCGGCGGCCCAAGCCACGGAGGAGCUGGUGCUCUCCCAUCGCAAGUCCGAGAAGGAAGAGACGGACAGAGUCCUCCUCGCCUACCUCGCCUUCUGCCGCAGGGCCCAGGUCCAGGCGAAACUCCUCCUCACGGAGAACGACCAGAUCCACGAUGGCAUCCUCGGCUUGGUCAACGAGUACAGGAUCACCAACCUUGUAAUGGGCUCUACACCCGAUAGCUGCUUCAAGUUGAAGUUCGGCAAAGAGUCCUUAAUGGCUAGCAAUGCUCCUGCCUUUUGCCAAAUCUGGUUCGUGUGGAGAGGAAGACACAUCUGGACCAGAGAAGCUAGUGCAGACACCGACAACAAUACCCCAGUUCACUACCAGGAUGAUGUCCCGACAACAGAAAGAAUUAGGUUCAGCUCAUAUUCUUACAAUGUCGGAACCAUACUUGAUGAAGGCCAUGUCACGGGUGAGGCAUUGAUGACAGUCGAUCAUUGUCAAGGCAUUGUUUCAGAUUAUGAUGGUUAUGAAGCUCUUGGGGCAUAUGAAGCCAACCACUACUGUAGUAUGAGCAUUGCGAACUGGCAAGAUGCAGAAUCAGCAGCACCCAACUCAACCUUCUGCUCUGAUUCUUCUGUACAUACCUCAAAUUCUAAGGAAGUAUUGGACAGAAAUCUCAAACAGGUAAUGAUGGUAGCUGAUGGAUCCAGAAAGGAAGCUUUUGUUGAGCUGCUGAAGCGCAAAGAAACAGAGUCAAAAGUAGCAAGUGCUUUUGCUAGGGCAAAAGAUUCUGAUUCUGCUAAAAAUCAUGAAAUUAAGAUGAGGGGGGAGCUUGAAGUUUUAUCGGUAGCCACGAGAAAGCAGCAUGAAGAUCUUCUAAAAAAUAAGGAGAGAGCUGUAGCAGCGCUGGAAUCUUCUAUGAAAAGAUUAGCCAUACUAGAUGCCCGUGCCGCAAAGAUAAAGCUUCAGAUGGAUGAGUUUUCAGCAGAGCAUGAAGUGAUCCAAUCUUCCAUAGAAAGCAUCAGGCAGAAGAAACUGAAACUACCAAAGCUAGAAGACAGACAUACUGACCAGAUUAUGGGGGUCACAUACAGCCAUGCCACACUGUCCAAUUGCAUGUCAAAUGCUUUUGGAGAUGAUUUGUACAGCUUCAGAGAAUUUACACUGUUAGAUAUCCAGUCUGCAACAUGUAAAUUCUCAGAGGGCUUCAAGAUACGGUCAGAUGGUCAUGGGUGUGUUUACAAAGGAGAAAUUAUGAACAGAACUGUGAUGAUUUAUAAGCUGCACUCGCAUAGCAUUGAGAGCGUGAAGCAGUUUCAGCAAGAGGUUUAUAUCCUUAGCAAGGUGAGGCACCCUCAUCUUCUAACAUUGGUUGGAGCAUGCCCAGAAGCUCUGUGUCUCGUCUAUGAAUAUCUGCCAAGUGAGAGCCUUCACGACUGCCUUUUCAGCAGAUGCAACAGUCAUUGGCUGUCAUGGAAAAUCCGUGCCCGCAUUGUUGCUGAGAUCUCGGGUGCACUUCUGUUCUUGCAUUCCUGUAAACCCCAGAUGAUCAUCCAUGGCAACUUGAAACUUGAGAACAUCCUUCUAGAUACUGAAUGCCACUGCAAGAUUGCUGAUUUUGGUAUUUCUCGGGUAUUCACGGAUGACAUGAAGGAUUGCCCAUCAUUUGCGGGCGGUUCCAAGCUGAAAGGGUCCUUUCCCUAUGCAGACCCAGAGUACAAGAGAAGCAAAGUAAUGACACCGAAGUAUGAUAUAUACUACUUCGGAACGGUGAUACUCCAGCUACUGACCGGUAAACAGGAGCUUGUAGGGCUUGCUGGUGAGGUAAGGAGUGCUAUGUCUUGUGGCAAGCUAUCAUCAAUUCUAGAUCCUACGGCCGGGCAGUGGCCUUUGGAGGUGGCUGAAAAGCUAGCAGAGUUGGGGCUAAGGUGCACUGUAACCAGGAGCCAAGAUUGCCCGGAGCUGACUCUUGAGACUGUACGAGAGCUAGAGCAGCACUUUACGAGGGAGGAAGGAGCACCCUCCUCUUUCCUAUGCCCUAUUCUGCAGGAGAUAAUGCAUGAUCCUCAGGUGUGCGCUGAUGGCUUGACGUACGAAGGGCGGGCAAUCCGUGAGUGGAUGGAUUCUGGGGGAGAGACGUCGCCGGUGACCAGCCUGAAACUAGAGCAUCGCAAUCUCACACCCAACCACGCCCUUCGCUUUGCUAUCCAGGAUUGGCUUCGUCACUCUCACUGCCCGAUGAAGCUCUAGCUUGGCAUUUGUUUUGCUUUUCCGAUCUGUAUAGAUUAACUUGUAAAAAAAAGAAUAGGGAUGCGUAGUACUGUAUAUAUGAAUAAUUUUAGUAGUUGGUUUAA